UACUUUAUGAAGUCAAAGCCUUUCAAUUUUUUUUUUUUUAAAUUUGUUUGUCUAGUCAGAUUCAAGCAGGGAACCUUUAAAUCAGAAAGACAUAAAAAUGGUUGGAAAAUGAAAGGAAUACCUGCUUCCUUCGUAUUUAUACCCUCCCCAAUACAGUGAUAAUGUAAAUGAUAGUAAUAACACUCACAUUUAGCUCAUUAAGAAAAUGUUGCUGGACUGUGUAUACCUUACAGACACAUUACAAUUACAUGAAGCAAACUGUUUUCUGGACAUUAUCCAUCGCCCAAGAUUAAAUAAAUAAAAUCAAUAAAAAUCACGACGUUUUGGAGAUGGGAGUCUAUCUCCGUCUUCAGGUAAAACCUACUCUGUUGGGCCCAAUCGAUAGAGCUAAUCCCAUUUCAUGAUGAACUUAUAAACAUUUUUAGUAUUCUGUCUUAUUGUAAAUUUAGUACAGUUUGUUAUUUUACAUCAGAAUCUUAAUAUUCUUAAGUUAAAUAUUUAAUUUCAGUGCCCUCUGAAAUGCUGAAGCAUUUGUUGUGAGGACUAAUGAAUUAUAUCUCAAAGGAUGAUGAGAGGCCUUGAUUAUAUUAUCAUUAUUACUUUUAUUAUGCGUCAUUAGCUCUGUGAUUGUGUCUCAUCUCAUAAGUCUCCUUUUAAGCAAUUAGACAUCUCUAUAUAGUGCUGAGAAUCUGUGAUCAUAUUUGUUCAAACAAAUAAGACAUAGAAAAGUCAAAUUUGUUCAGACAAGUAGAACUGAGCUCAUAUGCAUCCUCAUGAAUGUGAUGUUUAACAUUUCCAUUAAUCUAUGAUGUUACUGAACUGCCGACUUCUGUGUUUACUGCAUUAUAGAUCUCUUGGUGUUUAGGUGAAUAGCACCUCUCCUGUAUACCUUACUUAGAACUUUCAUAUGAAGUGUAAGUAUGGCUGUUUCAACUGCCAUGGAUGAUUUAUGGAAGAGCAAGAACUAUAUAUUUGUCCAGUAGUAUGAAUUUGAUUAGUUCAGGAUAGUUCUGCUUGUUUGGCAUAUGGCUGUUGUGUUCUCCAAAAAGCUGGCAUCUCUUCAUGAUAGCUGGGAAGAUGAGUACAUCUUCAUCCUGUAAGCAGUGUCCAUCAACCCAGUAUCUGCUUCAAAGUAUGUAGUGAAAACACUGACGAUGGAAUGCAGUUGUAUUGCUGUGGAGAGACUACUGCUGCAGAAAGGCAUCCCAUUACCGGCUCGUGAUGAUGGUUGAUUUCAUCUACAGAUUCAUGGCACUGCAGUGGAUUUUCCGUUGGCAGCAGCAUUCCGUCCGUCCGUUUGCCAAGUUGCUGCAACAUGUGUCAAGCAUCUUCGCGUUGCAAUGACAUCGUGUUCGGUUUUACGGAAUCUGUGGUUCCUCGAAAGCCACCGACCACAUUCGGAAUUGAAACACGCAUUUCAAAGAAGCCACAUUAUUAUACCGUACCAGAAAUGGCUUCAAGGCUGUUCGGUUUCCGUGCUUUGUCAUCAUUGCGACUUCGCAUUAUCAUACCGUUCCAGAAAUGGCUUCAAAGCUGUUCGGUUUUCGUGCUUUGGCAUCAUGCGACUGCUGUAAACACGGUUCGGUUCGUUUGGUUUUGUGAUGCCAGUUAUCGGGUGUCGUGGAGCUUUUCUUGAAUUGAAAUCCAAGCCCUUGAGAUAUGAGGAAUCUAGAAAUCGAGUGUUCAAAUUCUGAGGGUGCAGUAUGUCCUCAUGGGAGAGCUCCUCCCGCCGACGCAAUCCACAGUCCACUUCAUCACGACUUCGUAUGGAUUCAUACAGCACUACCAAUAGGUUGAGCCGAAACAGAGUAUCUCCUCCAAAGCGACGUGAACUGGACAAAGUAAUGAAGAAAGCACGGCGUGAUGGACCUAUGCAGAGCAGUUACUGGAAUAAGAAGCUCUUAGAAGUUGAAGAGAAGGACCCUAAUAGAUGGCGGCACAGUGGAUUCAAGGAACUGUAUGGUGGUGGAGGUGGUAACUCAUCACCUCAUGGUUCCCGUUCUAGUCACAAGAGAUCUCGUAGCCGGUCACGUGGUGCUACGCGGAGUAGCCGAACUCGAGUAAGGUCUCCUCCGCUUCCUGCAAGACCUCGAUCAAGAACCAGGGAACGAGACAGAGAGAGGGAGAGAUCUAGGGACCGUGACAGAGAUCGAGAUCGAAGACCACACACGCCCCAGCCACAAACUCAAAAGCCCCAGUCACAGCAACCAAGACGACGUACGCCCAAGAUGACAUCACUGACACCUAGCUCCCGUUCACUCAGCUCAUGCUCAGACGAGUCUUGUUCUGUAUGCUCACCUAAAGGCAACAGGAAGGUAGUGAAUUCACCGGCACCUGUGUCUAGUAGAGCUAGACAGCCAACGCCUCGGUCUAGGUCCAGAUCAUUUUCUGUGCCAAGAAAUCGUGCUAACAAUCGAUCACCACUUCCUUCAAGGAGUAGCUUAAGAAGGCAGCGUGAAAGGUCUGGACCUCCUAGUGAUCCACGAGGGCCACCUCCAAACCCACCUCCGACAACACGAAAAAGUCUGAAGACCAAACGUAAAGGAAGUAGAGACAAAAGUUCUAGUAAAAAGCAGAAAAGUGGUGGGAGCAAAUCGAGUCGCAGCAAACGACAGCGCUCUUUACCAGUGGCAGAAGGCAGCAGUAGUCGACGACAUAGUUCACCACCAGUUUCCUGUUCAGAUGAGAGUUCAACAUCGUCUGUGACAUCUGGUGGUGGUGUACCAAAACUCACAUUAUCAGAACGCUUUGGUAAGAUGGCACAGUGGUCUGUAGACCGAAGGGACUUGGAUGGGGUGAAGAAUAUGCGCAUUACAAAGGAUUCAGAUAGCUCAGAUCUGAAGGUUGUUAUUGAAGGUGAACGGUACCAUAGAGCACUUAGUCCCAUGCCAGUUAAUGAACGCCGUGUUGGUGCAGGAUACUUCCCAGAAUCCCUCCAUACUGGACCAAUAGGUUUGGAUGCCUGGGAUGAUGUUAGGGUUCGGUAUAAAUAUUACAAAGAUCGUGGUUAUCUUCGUGAUCUCACACUUGAUGACUACAUGAAGUGGGAAGAGUGGUGGUACAAAUACCAGGAGUGGCUGGAAGCAGAGAGGUACUAUGAGCACUGGGCAGCUGUUAGGGCUGAACAGGCUGCCCGAGGGGGAGGCAACAAGUUGUGGAAUGAUCAGGGCCUUAGGAAACGUAGGAGAUUGUAAAUUAGGAUAUGUUCACGUAUUUGCCAAGUUUUUCUCGAAUAAAUUUCUGUUUAUAAACGCUUUCUCAUUGAGUACUGGUACAUUUAGAAACAGUUUAUAUAACUUGAAUCUGGAUGUUAUGAGGAAGCAAUAGAGAAACACAUUUGUAUGCAAUGAGAUAUUUCUUUGGAUACACUAUAAUAGAUAAUGUUUCUGAAUAAAAUACCAGUUAAAAUCUGAUUUUAGUUUGCUUUCUGCUUGCCUACAUUUUUCUUGUUCAGAGAAUGUCUGAUGAUUUCAUUCAGUUCAUAUAUGAAAGAUAAAUACAUUAUGGGACACUGCAUGUCUAUCAUCUGCUCAUAAUUUUCUUGGCACACGUGAAAUAUGUUUAAUUUUGUGAGAGAGUUAAAGUGUAUAGAAUCUCUGCUUGGUAGAUUAUCGCCAUUGUUUAUACCUAUGUUGUAUUAUGUUAACGAGACUGCACUGUCUGGAUGUCUGGGAUGUGUGUAGAAAUGAAUGCAUUGUGUAAUUUUGACAAGAAGUCUGUAGUUCAAAACCUGUUUGGAAUAAAUCUUUCAGAUCUGUACAUAGUAAGUUUUUGCAUAGGAUCUGAAAUAAUUCUUCAUCUGAUAUUUAAAAUUGUCUUGGACUGGGUUUCGUGAUAAUACUCCUUCUGGAUAUCAUGGAAUAUUGAACCAGAACAAGUAGAAGAAUCAUUAAUUCUAAAGGGUUCUGAUGAUGGUAUAUUGCAAUUAGUGUUUCCAGAAAUGUUUGUUCUGUUUGGAAUACUAGAUGACUGACAAUAUUUAGGAACUCUGUAAUACUUCAAUAAUGAUUAUUUACUGAAAGAAAUAUUACCAUCAGGAAUUUAUUUGUUGUCUGUUGGUAUUUUACUUAGGCAGCUCAUAACAUUAUAUGUGUGCCAUUCUGUAGAGAUUUGUAGUACAGGUUGUGCUGCACAGAAAAAGUAAGUGAAUUUCUACAUUCUAUUUGAAUAAUGAUAUUAUUGUAUAUACAUACAUUCAUGUUGUAUGUUAGGGUUACCGUAUUGUCUAAAAUUAGUUCACAGUGCAGCAUUCUUUUCAGUGAAUUUUCUGAAUAAACGUUAUGUUUGGAUAGAAAUGACUGACAAUCUGUGAAUUCAGUGUAAUUUAGCAUCAGAAUACUAUUUGUCUUGAUCUAAUAUAUUGCCCCUUCACAUCACCCAACUUGCUGAUUAUGAAAUUCAAGGUACUGUUUAACAAGAAUUUGAACUAUAAGAUGAAAAUAUUCUGAUGACAAUCAUUGCUGGGACCAAAGCUCAUCACACACACCCUUAAACUUCCGUAAUUCCCCCAGUACUAAAUAUGUUGCAGAAUAAAGUUACUAGUGAUGUGAUGCCAGUAUCAUGUCCGUUUUCAAUUGUGUAGAUGAAAAUCUUUCAGAAGUAGUAUUUUAUAGCAAAACUGGCACAUCAGGCAGUGAACGAAGUGAUGGGCAAGCAGCUUCAUUUGACAGUGGGUUGCAUGAUGUGAAACAGUAAAUGAAAAUCUGGUUCCUGGGAAUCUCCUAGUGGCAUGAUGUUUAUACCAAAUUUUUUAUCUUAUUGCUUUGUAUAUGAGCAUGUGUGCAAAGAAUACAUAACCAUUAUCAUACAGGAAUGGGAUUUAAACCCCUAUAUGUUGGGGUUGCUGGCUGGAUUUUAACUUUGUGGUUAAAUGGUUUACCAGUAUGCUACAUUGACUCACAGCCAGCUGGAUUUUAUAUAAGGCUUGGCCACAGCUGAUAAAGGAUAAUUUACAUAAUCAUAUAAAUAUCCAAUUAUUUCUACACUCAUGAAUAUUGUUGCAAACAGGCUGUGUGUCACUUAUUCAACAAAAAUGCAUUAGCCUUCAUAAAAAGUAACUCUUGUGUCAUUAAUAUAAUUUAUGUUACAAUUUAAUUUGUCAGUCCACAAAAAUUAUUUAUACUAAGAUUUUACUGUACUUGUUUACUGAUUGUAACUGCAGUGUGCUACUAAUAGGAUAUUCUCAUUCACUACAUUUUUAUCACAUGUGAUAUUUACUUGUUACACAAGCUUGUAAGCCUGUGAGGGCACAUGUUAAUAACUCUUAAAUCUCAAUGAAAAUCUGUAUGUCUGAACAGCAUGAAGAGGGUGGUGGUCAGUGAACUAAGUCCCUUGAUAUUAUUCCCUUCCUCCUGUGAACUGUUCAUAGGAAGUCACUUGUAUGUGUAAUGUAUUGGCAUGAAUAUAACUCUUACACCAUCUAUAUUGUGGUAAGUUUUCACCUCUCUUUUAUUUUUUGAAACGAUUGGACGAAUCUAAAAGGAACUGGAACAAUUUGAGAAAUCAGAAUAUUAAAAUAUGUUCUGAAAGAAAAAUCUUCAGUAAAAGAACACUAACAUGGCAGUUACAAUUACAAGAGGUUACCGUUACCAGCAACAAGAGAAUAUUGUAGUUUGUCAUCUGCUUAAGUAUUGGUUUGUGCUCACAUAUUCUUCUAAUGUCAUAUUUUCCAUAACCUACAAAAAACAAUCUCAACAAAUCUGAGUUUGUAUAAAUGAUUGCUGUAAUAAAAAUAAACUUUAAAAUUGACUAGAAUUAGAAUCGGGAGGAAAGUGACAGCAAUGAUUUGGAUAUUUAAAGAGAUUGGAUAGAGCAAGGGUACUGAGAAGAGCAUUAGAAUUAAAAUUUAAAAGUAAGAUUACCAUGUAAUGACUCAAAACAAGAGAGUUCUGUCAAGUACUAAGAGGGCUUCUAAAAGAGAGGGCAAUGAACUAAAAAGGAAAGAUUAUGAGAAGAUAGAAAGUGGAGACUUUUCAUCCAUCAACCAAUAUAAAAUUUGAAUGAUGCUAGAAGAAGAAGGCAUGAAGUACAUUUUCAGAACACGUUUAUAUUCAUUCUGAUGUUGAACCUUAAGAUCUCUGCCUUUGCUGCUUUAAUAGAAAAAUAUUGAAUGUUAACUUCAUUCCAAAAUAAGUCUGCCAUGUUUACAAACAGGAUUUUUUGCUUGUAAUCAUUCCCUUGAAAAUGGUUUCAAGAAUUCAUGACAUCAUAGUCUCAUUGUUACUAGAUUGUGAUGCAUGGAUUAAAAUGUGUGGCUGUUAAAUAGUGUAUUUCACACCAUAACCAGUAUUUUCUCUUAACUAUUUCUGUGCUGAAAUGUCUUUUAAAAGAACAGAUCGUUUGUUUCAUCAUUAUCAUCAGCCUUCCAUGUUUUCAGCCCAGUGGCCUGUUACAGUCUGUAUGUUUCCUUUCCUGGUAAUUACCACUGCCAUGGGUGAGAAGCUUUCAGGAGAUAUCAAGACUCAAGAUAUGGGAGGGCAAGAGGUAUCUUCUGGUAUAUGUUCAUUUUCAAAUUAGAUUGCAUCAUUUACAUCAUGUGCAUUUAAGAAAGAAGUAUUUUCAGUCUUUAUACUGUUCUUCAAUUCAUUGUAGUAUUAUAUUUGCUUCAGUAUUGGAAACUUUUUUACAGGAUGUACCUUUUAAAAUGCAACCUAACAAUAAUCGUGUUCUACAGCCCAAAAAUGAAAUCAGUAACAGGCCCAACUCCAUGUUAUAGACUUCCCUGUGAAACUCGGUUCAAGGUCGCCAUGGUUUCCAGGCCACUGCUCACACCAGUUACACAAAAGCUGGGCAGGUGUGAAAAUGGUGUCUCCACAAGCAGAAUAUGUGUGAACACUACUUCACAUUGGAAUGAUCUGCAGCUGUUCAUGAUGCAUUUAGCAAUGUGUAUCCUGAUGAAGUACUGAAUAAGACGACAGUAUACCGACUGGUAACAACAAAAAUAUUUGUGUUUCUUGAAGAAGGUGGUGAACAUCUGCUAUAAAACUUUUCUGUAAGUUCUUAAUAAAUAAAAACUAAAAAAAACUCAUUUAUCAUGUUACAUUGAUGUCACCAAAUCUUACAAAUACUAUUGUAGUGAGGAUUGCAUUUUAAAUGAUAACUCCUGCAGAAACAGAACAUAGUUCCAAAUUAGGCAGUGUCCUAUUGAAAUUACAAAAUAUGGUAACCCUAAAUUACUGACUGCAUAUAGCAUGUUUUUAUAUUCAUGGAGUUUAUGCAUGUAGUUCAAGUGUUAAAUCUCUAACCACUAAUUAUAAAGCUGCACUAAUUGUAGAUGGCAUAUUGUAUUUGGUAUCUGCUAUAAACUUUGAUUAAAUACACCACUAAAAAGCAAAA